AUGGGGAAUCAAGGAUCGUCUGCGCACGAGCCGUUUGAUCGAGCACAAGCGGCAGCAAACGCCGACCUCAAAAUGAAGUCGUCAGUGCGCGCGUCGUUGCGUCGGAGUCGCGCGGGCGGUGCUUUGUCGCCCCCGCGCGCCGGCAUGGAGCGGCUGCGGCGAUCUUUCCGCGAGUCGUUCCGCCGACGCAAGGGCUCACCGCCAGAGUCCGCGCGCCCGCACCAAUGGCACGCGGACGAGGCGGCUGUACGGGCCGGCACUUGCACCUUCCCUGUCAAGUACCUCGGCUGUGUCGAGGUGUUCGAGUCGAGAGGCAUGCAAGUCUGCGAGGAGGCCCUCAAAGUACUUAGGAACUCCCGGCGUCGGCCGGUCCGCGCCGUGCUACAUGUCAGCGGCGACGGUCUGCGCGUCGUCGAGGAGGAGACUAAAGGGCUCAUCGUAGAUCAGACUAUCGAAAAGGUGUCAUUUUGUGCACCCGACCGAAAUCACGAACGAGGUUUUAGUUACAUCUGCCGCGACGGCACGACCCGCCGCUGGAUGUGCCACGGGUUCCUGGCGUCCCGCGACAGCGGCGAGCGGCUGUCGCACGCGGUGGGUUGCGCCUUCGCCGCCUGCCUUGAGCGCAAACAGCGCCGCGACAAGGAAUGCGCCGUCUCCAUGAGCAUCGACGCGGCCAGCCACGCUUUCACCCGCCAGGGAUCUUUUCGAAAAUCAGGUAUAACAGCGCGACGUGUAUCGGAAGCGGACGCGGGCAGCAACAACAACGGGUGCACGGCGGUAUCGCCCGCGGGGGUGGCGGGGGUGGCGGCAGUGGCGGCCGUGACGGCCGUGGCGCCCGCGGUCGUGGCGCCCGCCAGCGCCGUGACGCCGCGCCCCGCGCCGCACAACCCCUUCGCCGUAGAGCGGCCCCACGCCGCUCCGCAUCUAUUAGAGAGGCAAGGAUCUUUCCGCGGAUUUGCGCAUCUAAACAAUAGUUCACCGUUCAAACGUCAGAUGUCGUUGCGCAUCAGCGAGUUGCCGUCGAACUUAGAGCGACAGCGCGCCGGGCUAGGCUCGCCCCCGCGAGCACUUCCGCCCGCUCCGGCGGCCGCCCCCGCGGUCGAGCCCCGGCCCGAACUGCCGCCGUCACAGGAGAGUUCGUCGGCGGACCCGGUGGCGGCCAUGUGCCAGCAGCUGUCGGCGGGGCUGCGCGCGCUGGCCGAGGAGCCGCUGGGCGCGACGGCGGAGCCGCUGGGCGUGGCGCCGGGCGCGCUGCCGCACCCCGACGCGUGGCUGGGCCGCGUGGCGCGCGCUCCGGCGCUGGGUGCGGCGGGGCGCGCCGCGUCCUACGCGGGCCGCACGCCCAGCACCAACCCCUUCCUGUCGCCGCCCGGCACCGCCGAGGCGCUCUAG